UCAAGAAAGUUGAGCCCUGCAGAAUAGAACCAAAACCCCUCUUUCUCCAUAGCCUCCCUCUCUCGAUUUUGGCUUCCGGGUUCAGUCAAGUUCCGAACUUGGUCUCGUAUAUAGAUACUCAUCUUCUUCUUCUUGCUUGCUUUGCGUUGGUUUCAAGUAAAGUUUGGGAUUGGAAGAUUAGGUAGUCUCAGUGCUGUAGUUGAGCUAUUUGCAUAUAGAGAAGAUGGGAGUUAAGGACAAGAAGAAGAUCAGGAAGCUUGCCCAGAGAGACUUGGAGCCUGUUGAAAAGGAUAUAAAAUCGGGACCUUCAGAGAUGAGAAAGAGAAAAAGAGAGAAGGAAAACAAUGGUGAUUCGAGAAAAGUUGUUCACAUCUCUAUUGAAGAUAACUCUCAUAAGGCGGCCAAUGACAAGCAAAGGACAAAGAAAGUGAGGAAAGGAAAAGUAAAGAAGGUGAAGAACUAUCAGGGUUUGGAUGGACAACAUGAUCCCUCUAAUACUGAUGGUUUUAAGGAAUUAAGUGACAAUGAAGCAAUGGAUGAUCAAAGCCAAUUCAAAAUCAAGGGAGAGUCUGGAAGUGCUGAAAUGGUGCCCAAUGAAGAUGAUUGUAAGUCAAAGAAUGCUCGGAAAAAGAAAAAGAAGGAUCAGAAUUUCUUGGAUGACUUGGAAAAGAGAGUAGAAGCUGUUCAAGUUGAGCCUUGCCAUCUCUUUCCAAUGGAUGAGAGCUGCUUAAGGGAAAAUACAAGCAUAUCCAAGAAAUCUCGGAAAAAGAAAAGGAGGGAUAUGCAUUCAUCAAAUUCUAUGAAAUCAUUGGAAAAGAAAGAACAAGCUAAUCAGGAGGAUGUUUACCUCAUCUCCUCUGAGGAUGAGGGCAGCCCGAAAGGAAUGAAAAAAUGGAUUAUGGAAUACCAGCAAAAUAGACCUGGGUUGAAGGUGCUGCAGCAAAGAAUUGAUGAGUUCAUUAUAGCACAUGAGGCAAAAUUGGAACAGGAAAGAAAAGAAAGAGAAGCCCUUUCUGCUGAAGAGGGAUGGCAACUUGUACAACAUCACAAAGGAAGAAAGAAGACCAAGGAUGCUGAUGGAAUUACUGUUGGCUCUGUUGCUCAGGCUGUCAUAGAGAGUAAGAGGGCCAAGAAGAAGAAUACAGAUGUUGGGCUAGAUUUUUACCGGUUCCAGAGGAAAGAAGCUCAGAGGAAUGAAAUUAUGAUGCUUCAGAGCAAAUUUGAGCAGGAUAAAAAGCGGAUACAGCAGAUAAGAGCAGCAAGGAAAUUCAAGCCAUACUGAAUGCCUGAUUAAUACCAGCCGAGAAUAAAUUGUUUUUCUCCUGAAUAUUGUUGAGCAAUAAUCGUAGAGGCAUACUCGAUGACAAUUCUUGACCUCUGAUAUUGUUUCCUCAACUUGUUUUCAGCAGUGUAAUUGAAAUCCUUGGUAGUUUAUUAACUGUUAAUGUCACGAACUUAUAUACAGUCAAUGAAGCAAAUUUGUCGCCCA